AUGCAAAGAUAUGGAGAUAUUAUUGUUGUUGACUUAACUGACCAGCAUGGAAAUGAGAGCCUUUUAAACCUGGCAUUUGCCACAGAAAUCGAAAAGCUUCCUGAUAUAUGUCUCAUUGAUUUCCAUCAACGAUGUGGCAACCGAAAUUUUGAGAAUUUGAAACUUGUGUAUGAUGAAAUAGCCGAUGACUUUGAAAAGCAGGGAUAUUAG